AACUUCAUUAGGGUGCACAUGGAAUCUAUGGGUCUGCAGAAAUAAAUGGCCCUCGUUCUAACGCACUUGUUUAACCAAGCCCAGGAAAGAAACGACAUCGUCUGCUGAUAAAUAAACCACCAGUGUUUCCACAAGCGCGCCAAGUCACGAGCAUCAUCAUCCUCAUCCACGCGACAUGUCGACAGUGAAACUCUCUCCUCCGAUACACUCCCAAUUUUCUUCCCACCACAAUCCUUCGACAACCUCGGACCGCGGCAUUGUAUUCCACGAAAAGGUGCGCUACCUUAAAGCCCUCAAAGUGAAUCCGGAGAAGGCCUUCCGCUUGAACCCCAAACUCCGCUCCUCCCCUCUCGCCGCCCUGGAAUCCGUCACGCGCUGUCUCUACUCCCUCGGAGUCCCACGCGCCUCCUUGGGGCGCAUCCUCGACAUGCAUCCCGUGCUCCUCACCUGCAACCCCUACUACCAACUGUAUCCCCUCCUCGACUUCCUCCUCCACGAGGUUGCAAUCCCCUUCCCCGACGUCCACCUCUGCAUUAUCCGCUGCCCCAGAUUGCUCGUUUCCAGCAUUGAUAAUCAAUUGCGUCCCACACUGUUCUUUCUAAGGGAAUUAGGGUUCUGUGGGCCACACUCCCUCACGUGCCAGACCACCCUGCUUCUCGUGUCCAGCUUGGAGGACACCCUUUUGCCCAAGAUUGAGUUUUUGAAGAGUUUGGGGUUCACUCACAUCGAGGUUUCCAACAUGGUCGUCAGGUCCCCUGGGUUGUUGACUUUGAGCGUGAUGAAGAAUUUGGCACCCAAAGUGGAAUUUUUCUUGAAGGAGAUGAAUGGGGAUGUUUCUGAGCUCAAGAGGUUUCCUCAGUACUUCUCUUUUAGCUUGGAACGGAGGAUUAGGCCGAGAUUUGGGAUGCUGAGGCAGCUUGGCGUGUCGGUGCCGUUGGAAGAUAUGUUGAAGGUUAGUGAUGGCGAGUUUAAUGCUAGGUUGCUUGAAUUGAGGUUUAAGACUCUUGAGUUUGGAGUAGGAUAAUAGUUGUAGUAGUUUUCUUUUGUUGGGAAGGCUUAAGCCAUUUUAGUCCAAACAUCAAGAGUUUUAGGGUCACCCACAUUUGGCUGCAAUUUUCCUCGAUAUUGAGUUUGAUGAAACUGAAAUCAUGAUGGUGAGUGCAAUUUAAAA